AUGUCUUCUCAAGAGAAUCCCAACGCCAACAUCACUACCAAUGUCCCAGCCCCUGCUGUCAAUCUUGAAAAUGACACCGGUGGCUCAAUCAUUGGCGACCCUUCACUUGGCCUACAAUCGCUUAUGGACACCACAUUCAUCGAGAGGAUUCCCAUUGUGAUUGACCAGUAUAUUGAAAGGACCAGGGCCAUUGAACAUAUGUACUACAUAGUUUCCCUCUAUCUUCAUCUCCUUACGGAUUGUUUGGUUUUUUUCUUAGGUCCAACUGGCCCCUCCAGCUCCAGUACUGACAACAGGCAGUCUUCCAGCUCUUCCACUGUUGUCCGAACCACGAGUGGUGCCAGACCAACCACCGCCCAGGAUGCCAGAGCGUUGUUGCUCUCCCACCUUCCAGCGACCGCUGGUACACAAUCUGGGUUGGUCGCCAGGAGCAAAAUGAACCCCCUCACACAUGGCAUGAAUGGCCAAGCCAUGCAACACUGUGAUUCUGCAGUCACAGCUCAUGUGCUCUUUGCGGAGAAGCUUCAGGCCGGGCUUGUGAAUGUUGCCCCUGGUGCAGAGACAGUCAAUUUCACCCUUGGGCCCAGUGAAGGUGAACUUUUCCCAUAA